AGGUCUAUUUUUGGUGUGAGGUUGAAAGAAGAAGAAGAAGAAGAUAUAAAACAGAGAUGGCGAAUGUAUCCAACCGUGCGAGGCCUCUUUUGGGCAAGUUCUUUUGUCUUGCGAGGCAUGGAUUGGCCCAGAGAGCGAGAGCCGCAGCCCCACUGCCACAGACUGGCAAGGUUCAAAGUUUGUCGAGGACGUCAAGCCUCCUGCUGAGGCCGUUGAGCCAGUUGCAAUGGAAGUACGGCAUGGGAACUGCGGCGGCAGCAGCAGCACCUGUGGCUCCUGCUGAGCCUUCUCCGGCGAUCGAUAUCAAAGGAGUAAACCUUGCUGGGCGACCGUUAUAUCUAGACGUACAGGCGACAUCGCCGGUGGACCCGCGCGUGUUAGAUGCAAUGCUUCCGUAUUUUGUUGAGCAGUAUGGCAACCCCCACUCCAGGACUCACAUGUAUGGGUGGGAGAGCGAAGAGGCGGUGGAGAAGGCGCGUGCGCAGGUGGCUCACCUGAUUGGUGCCAACCCGAAGGAAAUAAUUUUCACGUCGGGUGCGACCGAGUCGAACAACAUAAGCAUCAAGGGUGUGGCAAGAUUUUACCGGGAGAAAAAGCGGCAUUUGAUCACAGCGCAAACGGAGCACAAAUGCGUGCUCGACUCGUGCCGCUUCCUGCAGCAGGAGGGGUUCGAUGUGACGUACUUGCCCGUUCAGAAAAAUGGCUUAAUAGAUCUCAAGGAGCUGGAGGAAGCGAUCCGUGAGGACACAGCACUUGUCUCGAUCAUGGCCGUGAACAAUGAAAUUGGGGUGGUGCAGCCUAUCAAGGACAUCGGUGAAAUAUGUCGAAAAAGGAAGGUCUUCUUCCAUACGGAUGCAGCACAGGCGGUCGGCAAGAUACCGAUAAAUGUGAACGACAUGAAGGUGGAUCUGAUGUCCAUCAGCGGACAUAAGCUGUACGGGCCAAAAGGGGUCGGUGCGCUGUACAUUCGAAGACGUCCGAGGGUUCGUAUCGAGGCACAAAUGAGCGGAGGCGGCCAAGAGAGAGGACUGAGGAGUGGCACGGUGCCGACACCACUUGUUGUUGGCCUGGGUGCUGCAUGUGAAAUUUCUGAGCAGGAAAUGGAAAGGGACACCGCGCACGUGAAGAGGCUCCAGAAGAAACUGUAUGACGGGCUGACCUCUAGGCUGAAAUCAGUCGUCGUGAACGGCGAUUUAGAGGCACGAUACCCUGGCAACCUUAAUCUCUCGUUCGCAUACGUGGAAGGGGAGAGUUUAUUGAUGGGUUUGAAGGAAGUCGCCGUGUCGUCAGGUAGUGCGUGCACGAGUGCAAGUCUCGAGCCAUCCUAUGUUUUGCGAGCUCUUGGAGUGGAGGAAGACAUGGCGCACACGUCCAUACGGUUUGGCAUCGGGCGGUUUACAGCCGAAGAGGAGAUCGACAGAGCGAUUGAGAUGACAGUGAAGCAAGUGGAGAAGCUACGAGAAAUGAGCCCCCUUUGGGAGAUGGUGCAGGAAGGGAUAGACCUCAAGUCGAUCCAGUGGAGUCAGCACUGAGGUGAGAUCGAGAUCCGUCCGCGCAUGGACAGAGCCCCCUUUGGGAGAUGGUGCGGGAAGGGAUGUAGACCUCGAAGUCAAUCCAGUGGAGCCAGCACGGACGUGAGAUCGAGAUCCUUCCUCGCAUGCACAGAGACCCCUUUGAAAGAUGGUGCAGGAAGGGAUGUAGACGUCAAGUUGAUCCAGUGGAGCGAGCACUGAGGUGAGAUCGAGAUUUGCCCGGGCAUGGACAGAGUUUUCUCUGGUGCUCAGGGUAUGUAUAGGUGGGCACAGGGGGAGCAUGUCGGCAAACUGGCGAUGAAAGGGGACCCGGGACUGCUUUCCCACCCAUGGAGCUCAUGAUGAUGGUAUGGUGCUGCCUGCGCCGCGUUUUCCAAGGCAAUAUGCCGUUCUCCAUUGGUCGUUGCCAGGGGGGUCUCCCCCAAUGGGAUGAAUUUGACUCUAGGAGGCCCCUUUGCACGACGAUGAUGAUCCGUCACUCUUCCGCUGCUUACUUUUAUUAGGCCGCCUUUUGCGGAGGAAUCGUAUUAGUCUUGCUCUUCUUGGUUGGCGGUUUUAGAAGAAGAGCAAAAAAAAUCGUAACGUGGAGUCUCCUUCAGAAUGUUGUUACGGUGGAUGCAUACCAGAGUACCACGGCUACCGAAACU